AUGGCCCCCUCGCGUAUCGCCGUCCCUAAGACUGCUACUUUCUCUACACCAGACAAACUCCAGUCUACCGACAAGCAACAGACUCACUACGGUGACUUUCGGGAUGACUUCUUCCACGAAGGCUACACUGUCAUUAAGGGUGUUCUCAGCAAAGAGCGCGCCAGCGAGUACCAGAACCAAGCUCUGACCUGGCUAGAAUCCUUGAAAGAAGUUGGAAUGGCGGACAUCAUCAUCACUCAUAAAGUACACGCCAACCUGCCGAUACCCGUCCGUACCUAUGCGCGCACGGCAGCAGUGCUGCGGACAAGUCUCUCGCGAGCGAGCGGAAUUCGGCCCACGCCCAGAUCUUUGCUCGGCUCAAUCGUGCCGGACCAGAAGCGAUACAUCUCUCAAAACCACUUGAAGAGAACCAAGGAAGCCAAGGACGAGUGGGCUAAACGGGCGCAGGAGAUCAAGGCUGGGAAGAGGACUCACUUCGCACAACAUCUGGAGGAGAGAGGAUUACUACACGAUGUAGUUGGUGAGCGCGAGUUGUUGGACCGUGUUUUCACGGAGAAAAGGGCUGGUCUCUAUGCUGGUGUUGACCCGACCGCCCCUUCUUUGCAUGUCGGCCACAUGCUGCCGUUCAUGGUUUUGGCUUGGGGUUAUGUUUGGGGGUUACCCGUCUAUUUCUUGCUUGGUGGUGCUACUUCUCGAGUCGGGGAUCCGACCGGACGACUGAAAGGCAGAGAGAAGGUCCACUCUUCCAUCCGGAAAGCGAACAUGGCGAGCAUGCACAUGCAACUCAAAAAGCUGGGGGCGAGCAUUCAGAAGUACGGCGACAGGCAUGGUUAUAAGAGAGAAUGGGCCUGGAAGCGCUCGCUGGUCAACAACAACACAUGGUGGAAUACCACACCGUUGAUGGAAGUGAUUCGAGAUUUGGGAGUUCAUGUGCGACUGGGCCCCAUGCUGGGCAGAGACACCGUUAAAACCCGGUUGGCAAAAGGCGAUGGCAUGUCCUUUUCCGAGUUCUGCUACCCGCUUAUGCAAGCUUGGGACUGGUGGAUCCUCUUCAGGAAAGGCGCCCAGGUCCAGGUGGGAGGCUCUGACCAGUACGGGAAUAUCCUCUUCGGCAUGGACGCAGUCAAGAAUAUUAGCAGACACGCCGCCCAGGAGCAGGAACGGGACGCAUUGGAAAACGACCUAGACAAGCCCAUUGGGCUCACCACCCCGUUGCUCACUGCCCCGUCUGGAGAGAAAUUCGGGAAGUCCGCUGGCAAUGCGAUCUGGCUUGACAAGGACUUGACAUCUACGUUCGAAUUGUACCAGUUCUUCGUUCGAACCCCCGAUGACGUCGUUGAGAAGUACCUGAAGAUGUUCACCUUCUUACCUCUGCCCGAGAUCGCGAGACUCAUGGAGGAGCAGAACAAAGAUCCGUCCAAGCGGGUGGCCCAGCAUGCUCUUGCUGCGGAGUUCGUCGAGCUUAUCCAUGGCAAACCGGAGGCAGAUGCUGUCAUCGUCCAACAUCGCCAGUUAUUCCGUCCAAGGUCAUCGACCGCAGAGCCAACUCCCCUACCCCGAACCCCCAAGCCCAAUGCCAAAAUUCCACCACAACUGGCAGGUUUCGAGAAUCCUGCGUCUGGGAACGUUCAUGCUCCCCAGACCAACUUUCAAAACAUGCCGUCUCCCCAAGUUACGCUUCCCCGUUCCCUGGUCGUGAACCAGCCGUUUAACAAAGUGUUUUGGUCAGCUGGACUAGUGUCUUCCAAGGGUGAAGGCCAUCGCGUGAUUAUAAACAACGGUGCCCAUGUCGGAAGCCGCCCCGGAGAUACUGGUCCCAUGUCUGACGAGCUAUCAUUUACGCCCGUGAGGCCAUGGCCGGCGGACAAGACCGAGAGCUUCAUUGUCGAUGGAAACCUGAUGCUCCUGAAGGUUGGCAAGUGGAAGUUCAAGGUGGUGAAGAUUAUCAGUGACGAAGAGUUCACGAAGGCUGGAAUGACUGCACCCGGAUGGGAGGAGUUGAAGGGUCAAGAGAAGUGAGCGCAUUUCUUCCUUCAAUCUACGCGGAUCGAAGCAGCGGCUUGGCGUUGGUGCAUAUACCACUCAUUGUAAUUUUAGAGCUCUGUAGAUAU